GCGCGCACUCCCAGCCCACACCAGCCUCGGGACAGCGGCGCGGCUGGUCGCGCCGAGAGCCCCCUCCUGCGCCCUUUCUGCGCCCGGCGAUCCGCGCGGAAGCAAGCCGCUCCGGGACACCACAAGACGGGACGGAGCUCUCCGAGGGGGCCCCGGCAGAAGAGACUGGAGCCUUCGCCAUCUGGGAAAGUCCGCUCCUGGGCUCCGGAGGAACCGCCGGCUGGUCUCGUUUCGGGGAGGAACCCAGGCGUCCGGGGAGCUCUUGACCGGCACCCGAACCCAUCGGGGGGGCAGCCGUGAGCUUGACCUCCCUCCCCCGCAGCCUGAAGCGGGAAACUCGGCUGUCAAAUUUCCCUCGAAGUUGCAGGACGCCCGCGUUUGGGGGUUUCCCCUCCCCUACGAGGCUCCGGAUGGGACCCCAGAGGACCAGCUCCUCCUCUUCUUGAUUGGGGUGGGGUCCCCCCCCUAAGAGCUCGGGAAGGGAACCCAGGCGCCCGGAGACCCUCUUGGCCCGCAUUCUUAAUACAGGGCUGGAACCGGAGGACUUGAACCUCUCCCCAACUUGAAGCAAAGCAAACUGGCUUUCCGUUCUCCCUAUAAGACGCUAGACCUCAGUCUUUUGCUUUUCUGCCGCUGAGAACAGGGGCCCCCUGGUGGGCAGCGCGGCCUCUUCUCGAACCGUUCCAGGCCGUUCCCGGGAGCACCUUGGGCCCCAAUCCUCUUCCUUGCUGAUUUUGUUUCCUCUCUGAGGAGCCCCAGCUUCCCAGUUCCCGCCUGCGGAGCCCUCCGACCUCUGGAGCCCCCCACCGUCCGUUCCAGACCUCCCAAAGGGGUCCCACCGGCACCGAUGCACCCCCCGCCCGCCACCCUGCCCCCCAGCUCAGCGACGCUGCUCCCCAAGCCCCGGUCCAUGGGCUGCAGCAACCUCACUCAGCUGCACCAGGAUGGCAACCCGGGCGUGAGCUCCUUCAUGUUCGCGGCUGGGGUGGUGGGCAACGUGGCCGCCCUGGCCAUCCUGGGCUUCCACCGGAAGGAGCUCCGGACCAAGACCUCCUCCUUCUGCAUCCUGGUGACCGGCUUGGCCGUCACGGACUUGCUGGGCACCUGCACGGUCAGCCCCAUCGUCUUCGUGGCCUACUCGCGCAACGCCACCCUGGUGGGCAUGGUGCAGGGGGCCAGCUGGCUGUGCAACUUCUUCGCCUUCUGCAUGAUGUACUUCAGCCAGGCCGCCAUGAUGAUCCUCUGCGCCAUGGCGGUCGAGCGCUGCCUGGCCCUCAGCUACCCUUACUUCUACUCCCAGCACAACAUCCGCCGGUGGGCCAAGCUCUCUCUGCCCGCCAUCUACCUCUUCAGCGCUUUCUUCUGCAGCCUGCCCUUCCUGGGCAUCGGGAAAUAUAAACAGUAUUGCCCGGGGACGUGGUGCUUUGUGGAAAUGGACGUGGACAAGACCGGGGUGGACAAGUCUCGCGAGGCGGCCUUCUCCUUGUCCUACGCCACCCUCACCGCCCUCCUCAUCCUGGCCAUCUUCAUCUGCAACGGCAUGGUCAUCCUCAGCCUGUGCCAGAUGUACCGCAAGCAGAAGGCCCGCCGGCGUGGCUCCGUCAACGUGGCCCAGCAGCGGCGGCGCAAGAGCUGGUUCAGCCGGGGAGAGGAGGAGGUGGACCAUCUCGUCCUGCUGGCCCUCAUCACCGUCAUCUUCGUCAUCUGCUCGCUGCCCCUCACGAUCCGUGCCUACAUUGGUGGCAUCAACCCAGACCACAGAGAGGAGGAGGACAUGAUGGCCUUCCGCUUGAGUGCGUUCAACCCCAUAUUGGACCCCUGGCUCUUCAUUAUCUUCCGUAAUACGGUCUUCCGCAGCCUGAAAAACUUCUUCUGCUUCCACACCUGGUGGCCCUGUUGGCCCCGGACACAGAAAGUCUCGGCCGCGUUUGGUAUGCGAGACAGCCUCCCUUUCCAAGAUCAGUCGGCCUGCUGAAAGCAAGAGAGGCCUGGAUGCACGCGGCUAGGGCAAGCACCCCUUGGCCUGGGUAGGUGGAAAGGGGCAUCCCCAUAUCGAGGUGGUCUUUUGUAAAGCUAACGGGUCUUAACUCCCCAUUUAGGAUGGUUUCGUGGAGGAAAUGGGGAAAGGAGGAAGAGAAAGAAGAGGAAUGACCAACCUUCCAUUCCUGCCCGCCAUCUCAGGAAAGAUCCAAGAACUUCUGGUGGGAGUCAAUGGGAAAGCAGCACUUUUUUGGGGGGGGGGCACCACAAGCUGAGCUGUGAUGGUUGACUCCAGGAGGAAAUAUUCCCACUGAACACUUUGCGUGAUGUUUUGUUCUCUAGAGAGAGAAUGCAUGACACCCCACCCCACCCCAAGAAGGAGACGGAAGGCCAGGUUUAAAGGGGAUCUCCAAUUCAGCCACCAAAAGAGAGAACAGAGAAAGAGGAUAUAGAAGAACAGGGAGAAUUUUUUUUUAAAUGGGAUUGAUUGAUGUAGUUCCUGAAAGGAUGCAUGUCUCCUGCAUGGCCAGCCAUUGCCUGCAUUUUCCCCCCUUUAAGGCCCAGAUCAAGCUAACAUUUAAUCAGGAGCUCUCCGGGGUCCUGAAUCUGCUUUGGAGAGCCCCCCAUAAAGUUCAGAGUACAAAACAAAGUGGAUUCACUCCCCGGGACCGCAGUUGCAUCGAAGUUCCCAAGUCUUCAUUUAGCCACUUCACGCUUCUAGUAUCAAUGAAUGUCAAGCACACCGGGUGUGAAGAGUUGCUGUGAACCUUUGAAAUGCUAGAAAUAAAAGUUCAUAUCAGA